CCAGUGCUGCAGAUUUGGCCGAAGUUUCGGACCCUGGGGGAUCGUAUGCAGCUGGCAAACCGUCCUCUGUCAGUAACCCUAGUCUCUCCAGCUGUGGUGUGCUCAGACAGAAAGUUCAUGACGGUAGCUGACGGUGACACGUUAGCGCUCAUCAUGCCUGUCCGAGCAGAGUGCUGCAGUACCACCGGCUCGGCCUGCCUGUCCUCGGCUUCUCUUACGCCCCCUGCCCCGAUCAAUACCCACCAACCGGGGGUAGCCACAUCGCUGCUCUACAGCGGCUCACAGUUUCGUGGUUACCAGAAGAGCAAAGGCAACUCCUACGAUGUUGAGGUUGUCCUGCAGCAUGUGACUGUGGAGGACUCAUAUUUGUGUGGAUACUUGAAGAUCAAAGGCCUAACUGAGGAGUAUCCCACUCUCACGACAUUCUUUGCUGGUGAAAUUAUCAGUCGAAAGAGACCCUUUUUAACAAGGAAGUGGGACGCAGAUGAGGAUGUGGACAGAAAGCACUGGGGCAAAUUUCAGCCUUUUUACAAAUAUGCCAAAAGCUUCAACUCAGAUGACUUUGACUAUGAGGCACUGGACAGCAGCGAUUAUGUCUUCAUGAGGUGGAAGGAGCAGUUUCUGGUUCCAGACCACACUAUCAAAGACAUCAGUGGUGCCUCCUUCGCAGGCUUCUAUUACAUCUGCUUCCAGAAGUCUACAGCCACUAUUGAGGGCUACUAUUACCACAGGAGCUCAGAAUGGUACCAGUCCCUAAACCUAAACCAUGUUCCAGAGCACAGUAUGCCCAUUUAUGAAUUUCGCAACGGUGGCACUGUGACCCAGCCAUUUGUCACAGAGACAUACAGGUGUGUGGCCCCGUAUGAGACCAAAGACACUAAGAACAAACCUUUCAAAGUGGUGAUGGACGAGAAAGUGGAUGUACUCAUCAAAGACAAAGCAGGGUGGUGGCUUGUGGAGAGUGAAGACAAACGCAUGGCCUGGUUUCCUGCCCCCUACCUGGAGAAGGAUGAUGAUGAUGAUGAUGGCGAAGGAGAUUACGUGGAUGGAACUCCUGAAAGAGGCAUGCUGUACACUGCAAUCAAGAGCUACAAAGCCACUAAAGAUGAUGAAAUAACUGUAAACAUUGGCACAGUGGUGGAAGUCCUGCAGCAGUCUGAGAACGGCUGGUGGCUCAUCAGAUACAACGGUAAAGUAGGUUACAUCCCCACUAUGUACCUGCAGCCCUACAACUACCCUCAUAUCCGCAUGACAGCCCAACAUCAAUAUAAUGGCGCCUCUUCGCCCUCCUCUCUCCUGACACCACAGUCCCAGCAGCUCAGCCGCUCUCAAGGCAACCUGCUACUGCCACCUGCCAGCCCCACCUCACCCAACACGCUCCAAUCCGGCAUGCAAAGGUCACACUCCCUUAACGUCCUGGCUGAGAACCCCCCACUGGGCACCUCAUCCUCUGCUGCCAGAGCUGACACCAAACCCCCCACUAAAAAGAAUGCUCCUCCACCCAUGAUCAAGGUGGAGAUGGAUGGAGAGGAGCAGGAGCCAGAGGGAAACUCGCCAACAGACGACGAAAGCUUUUUGAGUGACAGUGACUUCAGCCUCAGUGAUGACCUCAGCUCCUCCUCAGGCCCCACCACACCCAAAGUGCCCCCCAGACCUCAGGCCCAGGACAUCCUCACCCGAUGCACCACCAUCACCCGCAAGAAUUUAGCCAGACGUUCUCCAUCACCCACACCAACUGCGAUACUGAGUCGAUAA